AUGGAAGACAAAACAUUGGGCAACAAUAUUGUGAUUUACAAUAUUUUAAUUGACGGUUUGUGUAAUGUUGGGAAUCUUACAAUUGCAAGAGAACUCUUUUAUAGUCUACCUGCAAAAGGAUUGCAACCCAAUGUUCAAACUUUCAAUGUAAUGAUCAAAGGGUUUUGCAAAGAAGGGCUAAUUGAUGAAGUGAGUGAGUUGCUAGAGAAAAUGGAUGGGAACCAUUUCUCUCCUAAUGAUCGAACAUAUAACACAAUCAUCCAAGGGUUGUUGCAACAGAAUGAGACAGUAAAGGCUAUGGAACUUAUUAAGAUAAUGGUUGACAAAGGUUUUUCAGCAAAUGCAACCACUACAUCCAUGUUGGUUGACUUGCUAUCUACAAAUCCAGCAGAUAAAUCACUUCAAGAAUUACUUAUUAAGACUUUGUCAGUCAACCUAUAA